UCAGUCGAAGCGGAACCUGUUGGGUAUUUAUAAAAUCGAUUUAUCACGAUUUUAUAAAAAGGAAAACCAUUAAAGCAUUUAUUUAUGAUUUUCAUAUCCACCUUUUUUUGAUGACGGAAUAAAAACAGGAAUAUAUCCGGGUGUGUUAUUAGACAGUUAUAUAGACACCACACUGGCUAGGAUAAACAAGGAAUAUACAGAUUUUACACAAGCAAAGAUUUCCAAGCAAGAUGAGGCUUGUGAUAUGCUUUUUCGUAUUGCACGUGCUAAUCUGCGCUAUUGAUGCAGCAUUGGAGAAACCAUCGGGAUGUGGUAGCGAUAUUGGCUGUUAUUCCGACUGCGAUGGCACGUGCAAGUUUGUGGUCACGUGGAAAGAAAAUGGCGGGAACGUAGACUUCGAGCUUAGCUUGACACUGGAGUCUGGCGGAUCAGAUCAGUGGAUUGCGCUUGGACUGUCGAACGAUCAAGAGAUGGGCACUGACAGUGUUACGGAAUGUGUAAUGAAUGGUAACAAUGUGGUUGUAGCCAAAUCUUACAAUCCUGGAGAAUAUAAUUCACCUUUAACGGAUGCGUCUGAAGGUUUGUCUAACGCGCAAGGAAGUGUUAGUGAUGGUGUUCUUACCUGUACAUACAGUCAGUCCAAAACUUCGUCAAACAAUGAAAUUUUUAAUCUCGAUACCGACUGGCACCUGCUGGUAGCCAAUGGAAAAGCAUCAAAUGGGUUCAAGUCCCAGCACAGUGUGGAUCCGUUACCGCUAAUAUCGCCGGAUACAGUAGAUUUCCAGUCAACUGAUGACAUCUCGGGAUCAGCUGUAGCUGUCAUGGUGAAAGUUCAUGGGUCUCUGAUGAUGUUUGCGUGGAUCUUCUGUGCGAGUAUAGGAAUUGUGCUGGCCAGACACUACAAACCGAUGUGGCCUAACAGCCAAGUUCUGAAUGAGAAAGUCUGGUUCACGUUUCAUAGAAUGUGUAUGGUGUCAGCAUUUAUCACAUGUGCCGCAGCUUUUAUAAUCAUCUUUGUCGAUGUCAAAAAAUGGUCAGAACUUACAGGAGCUACAAACUGGCAGAAGGCUCAUCCUUACCUUGGUGUUAUCGUUACAUUCUUCGUUGUGCUCAAUCCAAUCAUGGCACUGUUUCGUCCACAUCCGGAUGCCAAACGUCGGUACAUCUUCAGCUGGGCUCAUUGGCUGGUUGGAACUCUAGCCCAGAUACUCUCUGCCAUGGCGUUGAUACUGGGCGUCACACUUGCUCGAGCGUCCGUGCCAUUCUACUGUGUGUGGGUUCUGGUUGCCUGGGUGGCAUACCAAAUGGUGAUUGAGUUGAUACUCGAACUUCUAGAUUGUUGUGUUGCUGACAACAGCCGACGUUACUACAGGGACGGAAGUCUUAAAGACCCUCGUGGAAGCGUUCUGAAAAAAAUAAUACUCGGUUUUCACGUGAUCGUCAUAGCAGCUUUCACUGUAGCCUGCAUUGUUAUUGUUGCUAUCAACUGAACAUAUAUAUAUUCCUAUUCGUGAACACUUUUCAGUUGCCAUAUACAGUGCAUGUACCUAUACUAGAGAAGAUUGCAAAUGAACCUGUUGCUACCUAAUACACCAGCUUACUGUUUAUAAUAACAGCAUGUCAUCAAAUAUUUUCCAUCUUUCAUUGAGCCUUGUUUGUUUACCGCUAUGUCUUGAGAAAUGUUCAUCUCACAUUCUAACUUCCAAUUAAUUCAACAGAAAUCUUAAAAUAAGAGAACUUGACCAGAUUGAAUAUUUAUAUAUUUCAACCAGUGACAUAUAUACAAGCAAAGAAGAUUUUAUAAAGCUUCGAUACAAAUAAAGAGUUUCUGUAUCAAGUUACAAUUUAUAGACUUAUCAUAUAUAGCAUGUUUAUAUCAAACUACACUCACACUUGUGUAAGAAAUACACUGACAGAAGUUCCGACCUUCUCCAGAAGUUGCGGAUACUUAAAAAAAUAUAGGCAGAACUAUUUUCUACAUCGUCAAUCAUCAUCAAGAGUGUACUGAUUAAGGGGAAGUAACAAUGUUUUGGAGUUUGAUAUUGUGUUUGGUCUCGUUUAUGGGGGCUUGGGGAAUGGUCAUUUGAAAAUUCCACCAAGUAGCGUUGAUACCAGUGCGAAAAAGUAUCAUUUAAAAAGUCCAGUUUUGAAAAAAUGUCAAAGAAGUGUAGAGUGGAUGUAUUGCAUAUUCAGAGCACUUUAUCAUGUAACAUUUCCAGUCUGCCGAUUUCGUUGUUUCAAUGUUAACAACGAGUAAAACUGCGGAUUCAGGAGGCUAAAUUUUGAUGCAAAAAUGGACCAAAAUGUACCCCUUGUACGACCUAUACCGUUUUAUCUGAAACGGCUGACCUAAAACAUAUGUAUAUUUUUAAAGCAUGUAUAUUUUUAAAGCAUGUGACCACACGAAAUUAAUGAUGGUAAAAAAGUGUCUCAUAACCUUUCACCUUUUUCGCAAGUUUGAGCUGAAUCUAGAUGAAUGGAUGACCGUUUCCAUUUCGUCUGACUUCUGUUUUAGACCCGACCGUGUACACGGAGUCAAGCAUUUAUUUAUUUUACACAAUAUUUACUCGCCCGCAGGACUCCUUAAUUCUGUAAACAUCAUAAAUAACCAGCUGAAUUUAAAUGUCUUUAAAAUACAUCUACCUAUUUUACAAACAAAUAAACAAAUACCCGGGCUACAAUACGAAACUGGCCCCUGCCUUUUUAAUGGUAAUUUACUGUCUACAUGUCUGAUCCGUUAAUGUAUAUAAUUAAUAAUCAUUAUAUUAUACAGAUGUAUAUUCAAUCUAUGUUUAUACCGGUGAUUCAAAAUCGAACUAAAGUUAGAAAAGAAAUGUUCGUUAGUAAACUUAAUUUCAGUGCGUUUAUUUAUUGCACCACUUCACGAUAUUAUUAGGUUAUUUAACAUUGUUCUGUACAAUACGGAGAUAUAUUUGGACGAGUACCCAGCUGAGAAAACCAUAUUGGACGAGCCGCUAGGCGAGUUCAAUAUGGUUUUCUCAGCUGGGUACGAGUCCAAAUAUAUGUCGUAUUGUACAGUACAAUGUUAAAUAACCUUUUUAUUCUAUAUCUAUUUUAUCUUACUAUAAUAAUAGUUUAAAUUAAAAAUGUUUCACUGAAUAUUGUAUUCCUGCCUUUUCUAGUUUUUCCCAGCUUGGUAAGAGUGCAAAUAUAUAUUAUACAGAACAAUGUUAGACCUUAAAUAACCUUUUUAUUCUAUAUUUAUUUCACUUCAUACGUAAUAUACGUAAUUCAUUGAA